AUGGACGAGGAGCUCCAGGAGGUGCGAGACAACUUCUAUGUUGGGAACUUCAACAAGGCCUUGAGUCUCUGCGAGUCUGUGAAAGGCUCUAGCGAACUCACGCAGAGCGAGCUUGGGGCGACCCUGGCCCGCUGCUGCCUCUCCAUCCCGCAGAUUGAUCGACUUAAGGCCAUGCAGAACUCGGAGAUUCCUGGCCAGAGAGCUGCGGCUUUGAUGGCUGUCAUCACCAAGUCCAAGAGUGCACAGCAGGUCUCUAGCGCCAAGGAGCGCUUAGGAGCCUUGGCCAAAGAGACCCAGGACAUGAGCUGUGCCAUGCUGAAUGCCAUGGUCCUGGCCAUGGAUGGCAGCUGGAAUGAGGCGGCGCAGAUGACAAAGGCACAUCCAGUUCUGGAAAUGCAGGAUCUAUCUGGGCCGAGCCGAUUUGUUGAGUCGUCCGUUUUUUUCCGUUGCGAGCCACUAAAGGCAUACAUCGAGCAGCAUUUCACCGGUUGA